GAAAAAAAUCCCAAACGAAGAUGAUAUGGAAUCUAAGAAAGAGAGUGAGUAGGAAAUACCUGUGAGGGAGGGAGGCAAGCAAGCAAGCAUCACGUUUGCUGCUCUUUACAGUGAAUGACAAUUUUGCCCUUGACUCUCCAAGUCCCAAUCCCAUGUUCCGAAGGUGGUUGUGUACCUCUCUCCCUCACUCCCUCCCCACCUUCCCACUAAUAACCGCCAAACCCAAACCCACGCGCCUCUCCAUCUCCCUCACGCGCCUCUCCAUACCCGCGCGCCACUCUUACUCAUCUAGAAUGGGCGACACCAACCGGAUCCCUUCCAUUGACAAAGCCGACCGCUCCGAACUCCUCCGCUCGCUCGAAUCCUCACUCGGAUCCUCAUUCAGCUCCGAACCCCUCCGACCCGAACCGAAUCCGCUCAUAAUCGUCAUCUGCGGCCCCAGCGGCGUCGGCAAGGAUGCACUCAUCCAACGCCUCCGGGACUCCCGCCGCAACCUUCACUUCGUCAUAACUGCCACCACGCGCCCGAAGCGCCCUACCGAAGUUCACGGCCAGGACUACUACUUCGUCUCGAAGGAGGAGUUUCUCUCCAUGGUGGAGGGCGACGAGCUUCUCGAGUACGCGCUGGUGUACGGUGACUAUAAGGGCGUGCCGAAGCAGCAGAUCAGAGAGUUCAUGGCGAAGGGUUAUGAUAUUGUGCUUAGGGUUGAUAUACAGGGCGCGCAGACGCUGAGGAAGGUGCUAGGGAAAUCGGCGGUGUUUAUUUUUCUGGUGGCGGAGAGUGAGGCGGCGAUGGUGGAGAGGCUGGUGGAUCGGAAAACGGAGACGGUGGAGUCGCUGCUUGUGAGGAUAGCGACGGCGAAGGAGGAGGUGAAGCACGUGAAGAAUUUUGAUUACUGUGUAGUGAAUGCGCAGGGGAAGCUUGAGAAUGCGGUGAAGCUUGUGGAGUCUAUUAUUGAUGCGGAGAAAGCUAGGGUUAGACAGAGGAGUGCCGUCAUAUAGGUUUUUGAUGUAUAACAGUUGAUAUGCUGAGGAAUCUACUACAAUUUUCAUGUGUGAGCUCUUCUGGUCUUGAUGAUAUCUUCAUGGGCAGAGACAUGUCAUAAUGCUGUUUCUGAUUCUUGCCGCAGCAGCAUUAGAUGGAGUAAGUGUUGAAUUCUUGGUGAAUAGAAUUUAGCAGUACCUAAUAUGAUUUGUUUAAUUUUGUUCGUUGAUCUGGUAGGAUAUUUUGAUGCAGACAUUCAAUUGAAUUCACUGGAUGAAAGAGUGCACUGAUCUGAUGUAAGCUUUCAAACUGAUUCAUGAGACAAUGGAAUUAAUCAGAGCUGUAUUCAGCUCAAACUUAAAUGCAGUUUUUACUUUUUUUUA